AUGGCGACAAACCCAAAUGCCAUCAACGUCAACGACCCGGGGCUGAUUACUCUCGUAAACAAGCUCCAGGAUGUCUUCACCACAGUCGGAGUCCAAAACCCCAUAGACUUGCCCCAGAUUGCCGUCGUAGGAUCGCAGUCUAGUGGAAAGAGUUCGGUGCUCGAGAACAUUGUUGGACGAGACUUCCUGCCCCGAGGAACCGGUAUCGUCACCCGAAGACCGCUCAUUCUCCAGCUCAUCAACCGCGCAUCCUCGCAAGCGAAUGGCACCCCCGAGGGAGCAAAGACAACAGACCAGGAGAACAAUGUCGACGAGUGGGGCGAGUUCCUGCACAUUCCUGGCCAGAAGUUCCACGACUUUGGCAAGAUAAGGGACGAGAUUGUGAGGGAGACAGAAUCCAAGACGGGUCGCAAUGCGGGUAUCUCGCCCGCGCCCAUCAACUUGAGGAUAUACUCGCCAAACGUCCUCACACUUACGCUGGUCGACUUGCCAGGUCUAACAAAGGUGCCUGUUGGAGACCAACCGAGGGAUAUUGAGCGUCAGAUCCGAGAGAUGGUCCUCAAGCAAAUCAGCAAGCCCAACGCAAUCAUCCUGGCUGUCACUGCUGCCAACACCGAUUUGGCCAAUUCGGAUGGUCUCAAGCUGGCGCGCGAGGUGGACCCAGAAGGACAACGGACAAUCGGUGUCUUGACCAAGGUUGACUUGAUGGACGAGGGCACCGACGUCGUGGACAUUCUCGCUGGCCGCAUCAUUCCACUGCGGUUGGGCUAUGUACCAGUCGUCAACCGAGGACAGAGGGAUAUCGAGAACAAGAAGGCCAUCUCGUACGCGCUCGAGCACGAAAGGCAAUACUUUGAGAACCACAAGGCAUAUCGAAACAAGGCAGCGUACUGUGGUACACCCUACCUUGCGCGCAAGCUGAACUUGAUCCUUAUGAUGCACAUCAAGCAAACGCUGCCCGAUAUCAAAGCCCGCAUCGCCUCCUCACUACAAAAGUACCAGGCAGAACUUGCUUCGCUAGGCAACUCCAUGCUCGGCAACAGCUCCAACAUUGUCUUGAACAUGAUCACGGAGUUCACCAACGAAUACAGAGGAGUCUUGGAGGGCAACAACCAAGAGCUUUCUGCAGUAGAGCUGUCUGGCGGUGCUCGUAUCUCUUUCGUCUACCACGAAUUGUACGCCAACGGUGUCAAGGCCGUCGAUCCUUUCGACCAGGUCAAAGACAUGGACAUUAGGACGGUUCUCUACAACUCCUCCGGAUCAUCGCCAGCGCUGUUCGUCGGUACUACUGCUUUCGAGCUCAUUGUCAAACAACAAAUUAAGCGACUAGAGGAACCCAGCUUGAAGUGUGUCAGCCUCGUCUACGAUGAGCUGAUCCGAAUUCUCAGCCAGCUUCUCAACAAGAACGCUUUCCGAAGAUACCCGGGCUUAAAGGAGAAGCUACACCAGGUCGUCGUCAGCUUUUUCAAAAAGGCUAUGGAGCCCACUAACAAGCUCGUAAGGGACCUUGUUGCUAUGGAGUCUGUCUACAUCAACACUGGUCACCCUGACUUCAUCAAUGGUUCACGCGCCAUGGCCAUCGUACACGAGCGACACAACAGCAGCAGGCCUCAACAAGUGGAUCCCAAGACUGGAAAGCCUCUUCCACCUAGCGUGCCGCCGCGGUCGAUAUCUCCCUCGCUUGAUCCUAACGAGGGUGGUGGCUUCUUUGGUUCCUUCUUCGCAAGCAAGAACAAGAAGAAGAUGGCGGCUAUGGAGCCACCACCACCUACACUCAAGGCCUCUGGUACCCUCUCCGAGAAGGAGUCACAAGAAGUCGAAGUUAUUAAACUACUGAUUACCUCCUACUUCAACAUUGUUCGUCGGACAAUGAUCGACAUGGUACCCAAGGCCAUCAUGUUGAACCUCGUUCAAUGGACCAAGGAAAACAUGCAGGGCGAGCUUCUAACCAACAUGUACAAGACGGACGAGCUCGAUGAGCUACUGAAGGAGUCAGAGUACACUGUCAAGAGGCGGAAGGAUUGCCAGCAGAUGGUGGAGAGCCUUUCCAAGGCACAAGAGAUCGUCAACCAAGUGCAGUAG